AUGUUCAAGAUUUGCGGUAGCUUCUGUGAACAGACAUGUCCGGAAAUUUCGAAGCUGCCAUUCGCUCGUAAGCUGGUUUUCCGUGAAAGGUUAGAACGCUGUCUAAUUCAACGAUUAGCGACCUUCGUGAAAGACUCUGCCGCGUUAGAUCUGAUCGACAAGCUGCUGGUACUCGAACCGAGUCGCAGGUUUGACGCCAAGCAAUCUUUAGACCAUCUGUUCUUUUCGUCUGAUCCAGCGCCUUCGGAUUUAAAGAAAUUGCUGAAAGGUCAUCGUUCGAUGUUCGCGUUGAAGUCACCUUUCUGUACGUAUCCGGAAAAAGAAUGGCUGCCUUCAAUUCUAAAGGGGGAACAACGCCACCUUCGUCAUUAA